AUGAUGAAAUCGGAGCAGGAGAAAAGUUCCAAAUUAUGUGAGCAUUCUGAUAUUGCAAAAUUGCGCUGUGUGAAUAAGGAAUUAUAUGAUUGGUCCUAUCAAAAGGAUGUAUUUCUUCAAAUCAUAUCAAGCAACGCGUUUACCGGUUACUCUGUCAUAGAAUAUUGGGAAAAUUGCUUGCUACCCCAAAAAUUGUCUUUAGAUUAUGAAUCGGUGUAUGAUCAUUUGCGUGGGUAUGGGUUUGGCAGACAAUUUGUGGAGGAUGAAGGUAUUUAUGGAGAUAUCAGUCGUGAUGUCAAUCGCACUUUUCCCACCCAUAUCUUAUUCAAAACUGCCGGUGGUCUAGGCCAAAUGAUGCUGGAGAACAUUCUUCGUAGUCUGAGCGAGUACUUCUCCAACAUUGGAUACUGCCAAGUACUCUCGUGUCUUGUUGCCUGCUUAAUUCAGGGAAUGAAUUUUGUGGUCGGUGUGAUUAUAAUCGCGAUCGUCGACCCCAGCGGGAUUGGCUUUGAAGGGAACGAGGCGAGUGACGAGCAAGUGCUGCGAAAUACGGUGCUGUGA